AUGGGGGACCUGUGAGAGACAAGUUAUAAAAACAAUGGUCAACACUCAAGUAGCAGAAACUGCUCUAUGCUGACUAAGAUUAUUACUGUUAUCAUUGUUUUCACAGGCAGGCUCAGUACCAUUCGUUAGCUGAUAUUGAUGUCUAAUAAAUAACUUCAGACAAUAAGUUGAAACUGUUGGUGACACUUAUAAGCAGUAUAUAGGCCUACACAGUUAAUAAAAUAUGUUCAACACACUACAAUAUAAUUAUAAGCAGAUUUAACUGUUUAUUAGUGUAUUUAUUAACAACUAUAACUUUCUCAUAAAUACAGGGACUUUAAAUGUCACCAAUUUUCUUUUGAUCAACUAAUCAAUAACCAAUCGAAUAAUGUUUCCAGCACUACCUCAAACAAAUUUAAGCGAACCAUCAACGUGGCCUGAUGAAAUGAGCCAUUACUGCUUCAUACUACAAUGAUGAAGAUUUAAAAAAGGAUUUCUAAAUAAUGUCCAUGAAGCAGAAUGUAUGUAACAUUUUCUUCUUUGCAACACAAACAAUAUUUGAACAGUUGACAACAGACAUUUGGAGCAUGUUCUGCAUUACACAAGGUUAGAUUAAAACAUAGCAUUACUUCAGGCUGUCCAGUCUGUUGCGCCACCCUCCGCUCCAGCAGGGCGCGCCACUGAGGCUUCGUUUGCUUAUUUGAACUCUGUGAUUUUUAUCAGGCUGCCAGAGAAACCGGAGUAAACCACCAGCAGGGAGAGAGUGUGUGUGUUUGUAUGUGUGUAUGUGCCAGAGGAUUAAAUACUAUUCUCAAAACUACACCUUUUUCAAGUCGAAAUGCAUCCGGUGAGGGUGUCGAUCCCGUCGUUUCGUUCAGAGAACAACUCGAUCGAGAGAGGAUACACGGUAUUUAAAAUUGACGUGUUGAUGAAUGGCCGACAGCACACGCUUGAGAAACGCUACAGCGAAUUCCACGCCUUGCAUAAAAUGCUGAAGAAGAGCAUAAAACCACCUGAGAUCCCUUCAAAGCAUGUUAGAAACUGGGUCCCCAAAGUCCUGGAGCAGAGGAGACAAGGUCUGGAGCUCUACCUGCAGACUGUAAUUAUGGAAAAUGAGGUUCUUCCAAAGAUAUUCCUGGAUUUCCUGAAUAUCCGCCACUUUCCUUCAGUGCCAAAAACAGAAAGCUGUGGGUCAUUUGAUACGGAAUCGGAGGAAUCCAGCAAACUUUCACAUCAGCCAGUCCUGCUGUUUCUGAGAGACCCCUACCUGCUGCCAUCUGCGCGUGAUGCUUUUUCUAACGUUGUGAUUGAAGGUGUGAUACAUGGAGUUUUCUACCCAGAUCUUCAACCAAGGUAGAGGGGUGCAGAUCUGAAUCUGAGGAAAUACCUCUACAAACGGAUGCUUCAUAUUUUCACACCAUUUUAGGUGUGCAUCAGCAAGGACAUAACAUGUCACAAUAAACUGAGCCUCAUUUAUAUUUCCCAAAGCUUAUAACAAAAUCCAUACAUUUAAAAAAAAAAAAAAAAAAAGGAUGCCUAAUCUCUCAAUAAAUCACUGGCACCACUUUUUACAACAUAAAAUUAUAAUCUGUUGCCCUCAGUUGUUAUUAACAUCCAUAUUAUUGACCCAUAUUUCAAUGAAUUUGCCCAAUUCUCUUCCAAAAAUAGUUUGUUUAAAAAUUUAACUGUGAGUCAGAUCAACACGUUAAUGUUGUAAUGUUUUGAGACAUUACAAUCAGAAUAAUUAGGAAAAGAUAUUAUCAAUUAUUUUCAGGAAUGAUAGAGCUUAAUACAUUAAUAAAUUAUCUUUUAUUUUCCUGAGUGAAAUAAACAAUUAGGAUAAAAACUGAAGAUAUAAACAGGAGGAAAGUAGUAAAGAAGAAUUUUUUUUUUGAGCGUUUAGUUUGCCAAUACCAUAACUUUUUGAAUGGUUCUCCAGCUCUGAGGAACCAGAGGGAAACCAGCUGGACUAAAGGUUUGCCAGAGAAGCGUUCUUUUUGGCCUGUAAGGACAAAUCACAGGGUUGGGAGUGUGGAGCUGGACCAUGGCCUGCAAACAGGGAGGUGCCACCACAUUGGAUCUGUUUUGAGCUGCCAAAUGGAGCCAGCUGAGGGAGUGUAGAGGGACAACGUGGAUGAAUGUUUGAAAGAGGGCGUUCUGGGAGAAUUGACAGCAAUGUGCCACAUGAUAGGGGGCCAUGAUUUGAGCUUUUUGUUUCAGUGAUUUGGGCCUUCAUUGAGCAUUAGAUGUCUGUGAAGGAAUAUUGUAGUGUUAGCAAGCUCUGGGCGAGCAGCUCAGUUUGAUCUGGUCAGGAGCUCGAAGGUUUGGGCACAGAGCCAAUUUGAAAUGUAACCACACUGUAUAGAAAUAUGUGGCAUAACCUUUAGUAAAGAAAGACAUGUUUACCUUGAGAUUGGUGUCACCGGAGUUGCAGAAAACGGAUGUUGACACAGCAAUAAGGACAGAAUUAAGGUGACUUGUCCGUCUCUUACUCAUGCCUCAGCGCUUUCUUCACUUGGGAUAUCUUCCUCCCUCUACAGCUCUGCCCACAUGACAUAUGAGGGAGGGAAGCAGUGAGAUAUGAGCAAAAUCACAGGGUUUGAACUGCUAUUGCAAUUCCACACUACACAUGACCUCUCUCUCCUACUUGACCAUGAAGAAAAAUCGAAGGAGGACAUUUAAUCUAGUUAUAGUCUGUGCACAAUUGUGCUCUAUUAAUCAUUAAAUCAAAAGCAGAAAUCCUUUAAAUACUGACGAUAAUUGACAAGUCUGUUUCUAUUAUAUUGUCCCAAAUCUCAUGAAAACCAGCGUCAGACUCUGCCUGGGUAGCUGUAGGUGCAGGUAGCUUUCACAUCAAGGUUUCAGUUUGUGUAAUGGAAAUAAGGAUUGUGUUGAUUUGUGUUCAGGAAAAAGACUAAUGAUAACACUUGCUAUAGGCCAGUAUCUAACACUAACACCAGUCAUUUUUUACAUUUCAUGUUGAAUUUACACAUAAUAUAGAAGGUCAGUUUUUCAGUUGUGGUGAUUAGAGGCAUAGUCACCCAUCGUGUAAAGGGAUAUGGCGAUUUAAAAACACAACCAGUACGAUACUGUGCAAUAUGAAAUAAAAUACAAAGUGUUUAUGUUGUGUGUAUGUAAAUUGUUGUCUUUUAAACUACAAAUGAUCCCCUCUUGUGAACUCUGUAAAUGACUUGUAGUGAAGCAUUACGUUGCAGGUCACCUCAUGGACAGUACUGGUCUGACCUGCCUUUACUGUUUUCCAAUGUGACUGGACUUCCACUUGAGCAGUGAUCACUAAACAUUUACAUUAAAUGACUCUUGAACACUUAACCUCAACUAAACAAAAGUACAAAGUAAAUCAUUUCCUAGACAUCCAUCUUGUAGAUUUAUAUGUAUUUAUAUUGUGUAACAUUGUACUCUUGAUUAUGUGAAAACUAUGAUUAAUGUGCCAUAAUGUCAACCUACAGUGAACACUGGAAUUCUACUGUAGCACUUUAAAAUGGACGACAUGUAAAAAUACUGACACCAUUAAAAUUCAUUUUUCCACAAA